GAACUAUCAAGACUAACUGACUUCACCACCCAUCGAUUCAUUCAAAUCAAACAUCAAAUAUCACAUACUUAACAUCAAUCACUAAUCACUCAUAAAAAUGGCAGAAAGAAAACGAAAAUGGGAUAGUGGUCCAGAUGGAAGUCCAAAUACGAAGAUCAAAACUGAAGAAACUGGAAUCCAAUCUGAAGCAAAUGGAGCAGCAGAUGCAGCAGCUGCAAUUGCUGCAAGGAUCGCAGCUCAAUAUGCUCCAACACCAGUUAAAGCAAAACAAAAUGAAGGUCCUAAAUAUGAAAAAGAUAAACCUGAAAUUAAUGAUCCAGAAUUCGUUAAAGAUAUUGAUAUAAAUGAUCAACGCAAUCGAUAUCUAUUGACCAAAGGACCAACCCAAGCUGAGAUUCAACAAGAGACUGGUUGUUCAGUAACGACCAAAGGUCAAUGGUACCCAGAUCGAACAAUGGCAAACGAUCGAGAUCCACCACUUUAUCUUCAUCUAACAGCUACAACUCAAGAAGUAUUAGAUAAAGGAAUUGCAAAAGUGAAUGAAUUGAUAGAUCAAGAUCUAGGUCCACUUACUGAACAACCGUUUACUCAUCAAAGACGUGAAAGACAACCUAGAGAACGUCAGAAAUGGCCAGAACAUAAAAUCGAAAUCGGACUUGAAAGUUUACGUAACUUUAAUGUUCGAGCUAAAGUAGUAGGACCAGGGGGUAUGUUUGUAAAAUAUAUUCAAAGUGAAACUGGAUCUAGAGUACAGAUAAAAGGGAUGGGAUCUGGAUUUUAUGAAACGGACACGGGUACUGAGUCUACUGAACCUAUGCAUAUCAAUAUCACUGGACCGGAUGAUACACAGAAUUUAAGAGCAAAAGAAUUAGCUGAUGAUUUGUUAGAAGUAGUCAAAGAAAAAUGGGCCGAAGCAAAAGCUAUGAAUGAUCAAGUACAAGCUCAGUAUAACACACCUGUCUUUAAUCAACCUAUGUAUAUGGGCUUCGGUGCUCAACCAGGACAAGCAGGACAAAUGGCUGGAAUGCAACCUGGUCAACAAACUCCGUAUGGACAAGCUCCACGUCCUUCAAAUGGAGAAGUUCCACCUCCUCCUAGUGAUGCACCUCCUUUACCAUCGGCCGAUGGAUCUGUUCCUACAAAUGGUCAAGGUACUCCUGGUACAGCAUCCAGCACCGAUUAUAGUGCAUAUUAUGCUCAAUAUUAUGCUCAACAAACCCAAAAUAUGACAGCUGAACAACAGGCUUAUUAUAAUUCAGCUGAAUAUAAGGCAUGGUAUCAACAAUACCUUCAGUAUCAACAACAAGCCCAAGCGAGUGGUACAGCAGGAACGAUGCCUACAUCGUAUCAAUCACAACAACAACCUCCUUUACCAGAUCAACAACCUCCAGCUCCACCUGAAACUUCUGCCCCUGCUCCUCCUCCACCUACUGAUGAGGUUGCACCACCACCACCACCUGAACCUGCACCUGCUCCUCCACCACCUGCUUGAUGACUUGUGGAAUCGUCAAUUUUACUUUUUGUUUACUGUACUUGAUUAUGGAGAAAUAAAUGAAAAAAAUUAACCGU